AUGGCAUCUGUUAAAGAGCUGCUCGCGAACUCACUGAAGGAACUGGCAGAAGAUGAACUGGAGGAGUUUCACUGGCACUUAAUGAAUGCAUAUCAUAAGCGUAUAUCAAAGUCUGAAAUGAAGAAUGCAAAUAGAUUCAAAACAGUGGAUAAGCUGGUGGCAUGUUUUGGACCAGAAGAAGCUGUGAAUAUCACGGUCGGCGUCUUGAGUAGGAUGAGGCAGAAUGAUCUGGCUGAGAGGCUGGAGAAUGAACACAAGCAAGGUGGCAGGUGUACAAAAAUAAAAGUAAAACGAGAGAUGAUGAAUGAAAGACAGUCAUCAGGCACUAAAGCAUACCAGACAACAAGUUCUGAGACAUUUAUUAGUUUAGCAAUACAUUUUGGCAGAUCAUACAGUGGAUAUGCCUUCAGCUUUCAAACCCAGCAGCGUCAGGACAGAAUUAUGAUUCCUUCCUGGGGUGUAGAGUAUGGGCAAAGAAACGCUAAAACCCCCACUAGCAUUUUGUUUGAUGAAGAUCAAAAGUUUCUGGCAUUUGGUUAUGAUGCCAUGAUGAAAUACACACGGCUAACUACAAAACUUAACAGAAAGAAACACUAUCUGUUUGAACAUUUUAUGAAGGAGCUCUAUGAUAAGGAAAUCCACCGAAAUUUGAUGAUGACAGCAAAAAAUGGAGCACAAAUGAAAGCAAUGAUAGUUUUUUCAGAUAGUCUGCGAUACUUUAAGGAUCAUGCACUGAAUCAUAUUGCACAGAACACAUCUGGAAGGAAAGUCAGUGCAUCUGACGUGACCUGGGUGUUGACUGUUCCUGCGAUCUGGCAUCCAGCAGCCAAGCAGUUUAUGAGAGAAGCAGCUAUUGAGGCAGGUCUUGUGACAGACUCUGAGCCAGAGAAGUUUCUCAUUGCUUUAGAGUCUGAGGCUGCAUUUGUUUACUGUAAGCAACUACCAAGUGAAGGCUUUAUAGCAGAGGAGACUUUUCAAGAAACACUGGAACAAAAUCCUGGAACCCAGUUUAUGGUUGUGGAUUGUGGAGGUGAAACAAUUGACAUAACAGUACAUGAGGUGAUGGAGGAGGGACACCUGAAGAAAUUGCAUGCUGCUUCAGCAAAUGACAUGGGUGGACAAGCAGUAGACAGAAAGUUCACCUCUUUUCUCAAAUAUAUAUUUUCUGAGGAAAUUUUCAUGGAAUUUGAGCAUGAAUACCCAGCAGAAGUGCCUAAAUUACAAUGUGACAUUGCUCUGAUAAAAUCUUCUGAUGGAGAUGUGCUGAUCUCGUGCCCAUUCUCCUUUCAAGCAAUUGCAAGACGAAAACAAAGCAUAGAAAGUUACUUUGAGGGUGUUCAUGGAGCAGAAUGGUAUGAUGGAAGAAUCCUAAUUAAAGAGCAACAACUGAGGAGCUGUUUUACUGACAGUCUCUGGGCAACUGCAGACAAAAUUAAGCAGAUUAUGAAAAAUAAUGAGCUGAACAUUGAGUCCAUGCUGUUAAUUGGAGGUUAUGCUGAAAGUCCAAUGCUGAGAGAUUUUAUGACGAAGCACUUUAGCUCUAGAUGUAGAGUACUGUGCCCAGUUGAACCCCAGUUUGCAAUAAUAAAAGGAGCAGUCAUGUAUGGCAAACAACCUAAAGUGGUAAAAUCAUGUGCUCCCACAUACUGUGUCAGUGAAAAUAUGCUUCUUGAUGAAUCUAUACACAAGGGAAAAAACAAAUAUGUAAAUAGUGAAGGACAUGAAUGCUACAAUGUCUGCACUGAAAAACUUGUUAGCAAGGGAGAAUCAGUCCUCAGUGAUGAAUUUCAAACAUUUACUUUCAGCCCAACAGACAAUCAAAUAACAAUGGCAUUUAAAUUUGACAGAACUAGAAGACAAAAUGUCAAGUGUGUCGAUGAGUCGGGGGCGGAGCCAAUUGGCUCUUUUACAGUGGGGAUUCCCAUAAGUAACAGGGGCUUGAAUCGUGAGGUCAGUUUAGAAAUGAAAUUUGGCUUCACUGAAAUGAAGGUAACUGUAACUGAUAUUGAUUCUAAAGAAAAGGGUAUAAAUCAAACUUGA